AUGUCUGCCUUUACUCGCGCUUUCCUGCGCACUUCCCGCGCGGCUUUCCGCCAGCGCUCCGGCGCCAACCCGCUGCAGCAGACUCUGGGCCUCCAGGGCUCUGCUCAGUACAUGGGUGCCGUCCGCAACUACGCCGCUGCCUUUGAGCGUAGCAAGCCCCACGUCAACAUCGGUACCAUUGGUCACGUCGAUCACGGCAAGACCACCUUGACCGCCGCCAUCACCAAGCGCCAGGCCGAGAAGGGCUACGCCAGCUUCCUCGAGUAUGGUGCCAUUGACAAGGCUCCCGAGGAGCGCAAGCGUGGUAUCACCAUUUCCACCGCCCACAUCGAGUACCAGACCGACAACAGGCACUACGCCCACGUCGACUGCCCCGGUCACGCCGAUUACAUCAAGAACAUGAUUACGGGUGCUGCCAACAUGGACGGUGCCAUCAUUGUCGUCGCUGCCUCGGACGGACAGAUGCCCCAGACCCGUGAGCACUUGCUGCUCGCCCGCCAGGUCGGUGUCCAGAAGAUUGUUGUCUUCGUCAACAAGGUCGACGCCGUUGACGAUAAGGAAAUGUUGGAGCUCGUCGAGAUGGAGAUGAGGGAGCUGCUCACCUCGUACGGCUUCGAGGGUGACGACACCCCCAUCGUCAUGGGCUCUGCCCUUUGCGCCCUUGAGAACAGGGAGAAGGAGAUUGGUGUCGAGUCCAUUGACAAGCUUCUCGAGGCCGUCGACACUUGGAUUCCCACCCCCGAGCGCGCCCUUGACAAGCCCUUCCUCAUGUCCGUCGAGGACGUCUUCUCCAUCUCCGGUCGUGGUACCGUUGCUUCCGGCCGUGUCGAGCGCGGUAUCCUGAAGAAGGAUUCCGAAGUCGAGAUUGUCGGCAAGAACCCCACUCCCAUCAAGACCAAGGUCACCGACAUCGAGACCUUCAAGAAGUCCUGCGACGAGUCCCGUGCCGGUGACAACUCCGGUCUGCUUCUCCGUGGUAUCAAGCGUGAGGAAGUCAAGCGCGGUAUGGUCAUUGCCGCCCCCGGUACCUCCAAGGCGCACAGGAAGUUCCUGUGCUCCCUGUACGUCCUGAGCAAGGACGAGGGUGGCCGUCACACCGGUUUCCACAGCAACUACCGCCCCCAGGUCUUCCUCCGUACUGCCGAUGAGGCUGCCUCUCUCACCUGGCCCACCGAGUUCGAGGAGCAGGACAAGAUGGUCAUGCCCGGUGACAACGUCGAGAUGGUCUGCGAGAUCCACCACCCCUCGCCCAUUGAGAUCGGUCAGCGCUUCAACGUCCGUGAGGGUGGCCGCACCGUCGCCACCGGUCUCGUCACCCGCAUCAUGGAGUAA